GCAUUUCACGGCCGCCACCGCCGCCGCCACCACCGAGCGUUCGAACUUAUCUCCCUAUAAUUCUCCUACAUGGCAUUUAUCUCUGCCAACUUCGUAGAACCAUCUUUAUCAAACUCUAAAAAGUUCAUUAACCUGUCCAAGCCUCCUAGGCUGCACGCGCCUCCGCCACAUGCAGCGGCACCACAGGCUUCCGGAUCCGCAGGGGUUGAUUCUGCAAGGCUAGAGCCCAGGGUGGAGGAAAAAGAUGGUUACUUUGUACUGAAGGAGAAGUUCAGGCAGGGCAUAAAUCAUGCAGAGAAGGUUAAGAUUGAGAAAGAGCCAAUGAAAUUGUUCAUGGAAAAGGGAGUUGAAGAGCUUGCAAAGAUGCCUUUUGAAGCCAUUGAACAGUCAAAGCUCACUAAGGAUGAUGUUGACUCUAGGCUCAAAUGGCUUGGCCUCUUCCACAGGAGAAAACAUCAAUAUGGACGGUUUAUGAUGAGACUGAAGCUACCAAACGGGGUUACAACUAGUGCCCAAACAAGAUACUUAGCAAGUGUUAUUAGAAAGUAUGGGAAAGAGGGGUGUGCCGAUGUCACAACGAGGCAGAAUUGGCAGAUUAGGGGUGUUGUGCUGCCUGAUGUGCCAGAGAUUCUUAAGGGACUCGAAGACGUUGGCUUGACAAGUUUGCAGAGCGGGAUGGACAAUGUCAGGAAUCCAGUUGGGAACCCUGUUGCUGGUAUUGAUCCCGAAGAAAUCGUAGACACGAGACCUUACAACAACGUUCUCUCCCAUUUUAUCACUGCUAAUGCGCGUGGCAAUCCUGCUUUCACUAACCUGCCAAGGAAAUGGAACGUUUGUGUAGUGGGUUCACAUGAUUUGUAUGAGCAUCCCCACAUCAAUGAUCUUGCAUACAUGCCUGCCAUUAAGGACGGGCAGUUUGGUUUUAACCUGCUUGUGGGUGGGUUUUUUAGCCCGAAACGGUGUGCGGAAGCAAUCCCUUUGGAUGCUUGGGUUUCUGCAGACGAUAUUCUCCCGAUUUGUAGGGCUGUACUCGAAACUUUUCGGGACCUUGGCUCUAGAGGGAACAGACAGAAAACAAGAAUGAUGUGGUUAAUUGAUGAACUUGGAGUUGAGGGGUUUAGAGCAGAGGUUGUGAAGAGGAUGCCACGGCAAGACCUGGAGAGGGCUGCUGCACAAGAUUUGAUUAAGAAAAACUGGGAGAGAAGAGAAUAUAUGGGAGUCCAUCCACAGAAGCAGAAAGGCUAUAGCUUUGUUGGGCUCCACAUCCCGGUGGGACGGGUUCAAGCAGACGAAAUGGAUGAGCUUGCCCGUUUAUCCGAUGACUACGGGUCAGGCGAACUACGGCUCACUGUCGAACAAAACAUCAUAAUCCCAAACAUUGAGAACUCCAAGAUUAAGGCACUGCUUAAAGAACCUCUUCUUCACAGCAACAGAUUCUCACCCGAUCCUCCUAUUCUGAUGAAAGGGUUGGUGGCUUGCACCGGGAGCCAGUUUUGCGGGCAAGCCAUAAUAGAGACCAAAGGGCGGGCCGUGAAGAUAACCCAGGAGGUUGAGGAACAAGUCUCGGUCACCCGGCCUGUUCGGAUGCAUUGGACGGGCUGCCCAAACAGCUGUGGGCAAGUUCAAGUUGCGGAUAUUGGAUUCAUGGGAUGCAUGACGAGAAAUAAGGAGGGGAAGAGCGUGGAGGGUGUGGAUGUUUACUUGGGAGGGAGAAUUGGGAGUGAGUCACAUUUGGGAGAUGUGUAUAAGAAGGGUGUUCCCUGUGAAGAUUUAGUGCCUUUAAUUGUUGAUCUUUUAGUAGAGCACUUUGGUGCUGUUAGAAGGGAGAGGGAGGAUGAUGAACCUUAAUUCAUUACAUCUACUACAAUAUAAAAGCAAAAUCUAUGAAAACACUGUUUUUUCAACAGUGUUCCCGCCCAGAAGAGUCUGAUCAGUUAUAUUACAUAAAUAACCCUGUAAAAGUUAAUUUCUAAAGGGUAAAAUUGCACUAAGAGAUUAUCAUUACAUUGUGAACAGUUGAGCCGUAAAAACAGACAUUACAGCUGUAAAAAAUUGAUAUUACAGCCUCUUCUUAGUUACUGUUUGCUGAUGGAAUAGGCAUCUCCAUCCGAAUUUGGUGGCUGGGCAUGCUUUUUCUGAAAUUAAAGCAAACUGAUAUCAUUAUAAUUGUAAAUAUUUUGUUGGAUGGUGUAUUGCUCUAAUAGUUUUAUAAAAUGAUAAAAGGAUAAGUGUUUGACAGCUCAUUGGAACCAUUUUCGUAAAAAUAAAUAAACAUGAAUAUAUGUUUGCAUAGUGAAUAGGCAAUGGCAUGCCAGGUUGCUAUAAAUACCCAUGUCAUCCAUCACUUUUUACUAUCCUUCAUUGAGUUCCUCCUAAAUACUUAAUUGCUCAAAAUGGUUGGCAUGUGGUCUUUAAUAAACCAGUUUGGCCAAGACAAAACAUCUUGGACUGUCAAAGUAAGAGCGGUUCGGGUAUAUGCAACCCCAGCCUAUGGGAUUCAUGGUGAAUCCUUGCACUGCAUUUUCCAUGACUCCGAGGGAACAAAAAUACAUGCACACAUUGUGAAAGCCCAGGUUCCAAAGUUUGAGCCAUUGUUCAAGGAAGGAAAAGUGUAUGCAAUUAGAAAUUUCCUGGUCCAAGACAACUAUAUGAAUUUCAAGACAACGAGGAAUGCUUAUAAGUUGUUGUUCCUCAAUAAAACUGAAGCAUUUGAGAUUUCAAAAAUCAAUUUCCCAAUGAGGAUGUUUGACUUUACAUCAAUUGCUGCCUUGCAAGCCGCCGAAGAGGUUGAUGACAGCCACGCGAUAGAUGUCAUCGGCAAGGUAACAUCAAUGUCACACCCUAAGGCACUAACAAAGCUCGGUAGGCAAACUCAGUUGGUGGAUCUCACCCUUGGUGAUGCUCAUGGGAAUACGAUUACUUGCACUUUAUGGGAGGACUUGGUGGACCAGUUGAUAGAUUUUCUGAAAACAAAACCUAAAAAGAUCUUUCUAAUUCUUCAACUAUGCCGUGCAAGGAAAUUUCAGGGUCGUGUGGGUGUAACAAACAUGUUCAACAUGUCAAAGAUGCUGCUGAACAGUGACAGCAAGGAGAGUGUGGAGUUUAUAGCGUCGUUUGGGCCUGAUAAUGAUGAUGAUGGGGAUGAUCUAGCCUUGGGCAGUUUUGUUACUCCUACCCUUCAAGAUGAUCUAGAAAGCGGUGAAGUUAACUUGGUUUCUGUUGAUGAUCUAAUGAAAAUGAAAGAGGAUGGCAAGCAUUGGGUCUGUGGAGAGAUAUUGGCAAUAGACAGUUACCGAGAUUGGUACUAUAUUUCUUGCAAGGGGUGUAGUAGAAAAGUGAAAUCUGAAGGUGAUAGUUUCAGGUGUGGAGCGUGCAACACUACAGAAGUUGUUCUGAGGUACAAGGUCAAUGUGAGGGUGAUGGAUGAAACCGGUCAUGCUUCCUUUGUAUUUUGGGACAAAGAAUGCACUGCUUUGGUAGGAAAGACAGCAAAUACUCUUCGUGAAGAGAUUGAAAAGAAAGGUGCUGGACUUUACUAUUUUCCAGUUGAAAUUGAUGCAUUGGUUGGAAUUGAGGGGUUGUUUCGAGUUCAAACAAAGAGUGAAACUAUAAGCUACAGGGGUGUGCCAACGUUUAGUGUAAUUGGGAUGAAUUGUGAUCCUGCCGUUGUGGGUUUGUACAAGAGCAAGAAUAAAGGAAAAGCAGUGGAGGAUGAAGAUGAUUUCGCGUUGCUCAAAAAGGAGUUUUCCGUGACUGAGGAAGUCAUCCCACUUGAAGAGGAGACAAGUCCCCUGCUGACCAAGGGACAAAGGAAAGCACUACAGAUAAACAAUGAUGGCAUCAAGAGGAAGCUGUUUGAUGAGUCCUCAUUUAUCCAUCCUGUGAAGAGGUUGCGGAAAGUGAAGGUGGAAAAGCAGUAGGAGUCGCAAAAUUACUAUGUUUUUGGCAACUAAAGUACACUAUGUAUAUGUAUCAGUUGUGUGUUUUCGGUGUUUUCAUGGACCUCUAUAUAUUUUUUGUGCCUGUAAUAUCUUAGGAA